AUGUUUUUUAUGUGGUUAUAUAAAUAUAAGGUGUACAUGUUUGUCAUGUUUUUUUUUGUACUUGUUGAAAAUACGAUGAGUAUGAAAAAGAAUUUGAUGUUCACAUAUUUUAAUAAAAAAAAGUUUAUAUAUAUAAAGAAGAAUGUAUUAUUUUUGAAUAAUAAAUAUAUAAGUAAUUUAGUAUAUACUAAGGAAGAUGAUAUAUAUAAAAUUAAUGAGAUAAGUAAUGUUAUAGGAAGGAAUAGAAAGAAAAAAAAUAGAAACAUUAAUAAUGAUGAGGAUAAUGAUAAUAAUAGUAAUAAAAAUGAACUAGGUGAUAAUAUAAUAUCAUCGAAUAGAUAUAUUAAUAAUUUAUUUUUUACAAAUAAUAAAAAUACAUCAGCAGAUAUUAGAAAUAAUAAUAAUGAAGAUGGCCAUGAUAAUAUUAAUAAUAAUAAUAUAUUAGAUGCAUCAUAUAAUCAUGAUAAAUAUAAUUUGUCUGAUAAUGAAUUACAAUUAUAUAAAAAUAAAUGUAAAAUUCCACUGUAUUGGAUUAAAAAAUUAGAUAACCUAAAAAAUAUGAAUGCUAUAAAUUGUAUAGAAUAUUUAAAAGAUGAUAAUUUGUUAUAUUUUGAUAAUUAUAAAAACAAAGGAUUAUUAAAAUUUCUAAAUGAUGAAAAGAGAAAAUAUAGUAAUUGCAUAAUUUUAUCAAGAGUAGGAGAUUUUUAUGAAACAUAUGGUUUGGAUUCUAUAUUUCUCAUUGAAUUUUUAAACAUAAAAAAAAUGAAUAAUAGAUUAUCAUGUGGUUUUAUAAAGAGCAGUAUAAAUAAAGCUUUAAAUAUAUUAACUAACAAUAAUUUAAAUGUAUGUAUAUAUGAAGAAAUUAAUGAAAAAUCUUUAAAAAUGAAAAAGAGAUAUUUAUCUCAAAUAGUAACUCCUGAAUUUCCUAUAUAUUUAAAUAAUAUACAAUACUAUAAUAAGGAUGAAGAUAUACAACCAAACAAAAACAACAACAAUAAUAAUAAUAGUAAUAAUAUUAAUAAUAAUAAUAAUAAUAAUAAUAAUAAUAAUAAUAAUAGUAGUAGUUAUAAUAAUAUGGAUAAGUGUUUAGAUAGUUCCAAUCUGAGCGCACUAUCCUUUUUUAAUUCUUAUGAUCUAGAUGAUUAUUUUGUUAUAAAAGAAAUUGUUUGCAUAUAUAUAGAGAGCAAAAAUAUUUUUUCAUUAAGUAAAAUUAAUUUAAGCUUAAAAACUAUAUCUAUAUAUGAUAAUAUAACCUUUGAUGUUUUAAAUGUAUAUUUAAAAAAUACGAAUUUUUUAAAGGUAUAUAUACAUCAACAUACCAAUACAUCAUUUACAAAAAAAAUCACUGAAUUAUUCAAAAUAGAAAAUUAUUAUUUAUUUAAUAAUUUCAAGUCAAGUUUUUAUUUUCAUAUGUUUAUAUUAGACAAGUUAAAAAAACAAAUACAUGUAAAGGGCUUAUUCAGAUUAAUAAAGAAUAAAAAUGUCUUCAAAAUUGAAUCAGCAGAUUGUAAGAAGGAGGAAAAAUCGACAGAGCAACAAAUUAGUAAUUAUAUGAAUUAUAAGGAGAAUAAUAAAAUUAACCAUAGACGUAUAAAUAAUGUAAAUCAUAAUAUUGAUGAUAAUGAAAAUGAUAUCAUUAAUAAUAAUAAUAAUAAUAAUAAUGAUGUAGAGGAAAAUAUCGAUGUAGAAAUAAAUAAAAAUGAGGAAGAUAAUAAUAUUGAUAAGAUUAAAAAUAAAAACAUUAUAGAUAAUAAUUUUGAAUAUUCAUUUUCAUCUUAUUGCACACCUUUGAAUAUAUUUACGAGCUAUAAUAUGGGUAUAUAUAAACAGAAUAAUCAUUAUGAAAAUAAAAAUAAUUUUUUAUUUUAUAAUAUUAUUGAUAUAAAUAAUAAUAAUUCAAAUAGUAUAAAUAUAUCAGAAUCAUUAGAAUUUUUUAAGAAUAUUUUUCUUUUUUAUCCACCUUUUGAAGUUACAAAACAUAUAAGAUAUAUAAAUGAAUAUAUAAAAAACAAUAUGAAAGAUUUAAUUAUACCUAAUAUAAAACCAUUUAAGAAUAAUAUUAUUAUAUCUCUUUUAUCAAAUUUAAAAGCUGAUCAUCACAUUUUAAAAAAGAUAUUAGUAAAUAUAGAUGCAGUAUUAAAUUGUAUUAGAAAUUAUGAUUUCUCACUUUUAGUAUCAAUAUUUAAAGUAUUAAAUCAUCAAAAUUCUUUUAAAUUACAUAUAAUUAAAUUUUAUAAGCUUUUAAUGAAUAUUCAAAAAAUAAUGAAAGAUAAUUUGGAUUUAGGGUUAUGUUCGAAAUUCUCUUAUCAAUCAGAUAUUCAAGCAUUUAAUGAUUUUGUCAUAUAUCAUGAAAUGGAUGUAUAUAAUAUAAUUAAUGAAAAUCUUCUAAUUGAAGAAAAUAAAGAAUUAGAAAAUUCAAGAACAGAUUUAUUAAAUACAAUUAUAUCAAAUUAUUCAGAAUAUGAUAAAACAAAAAAUGGAGAUAAGGAUAUUAAUUUAUUAAACAAAAUGAUAAAAAUUGAUAAUGCUAAUGAUAUUAUAGGUAUAAAAAAAAAUAUAAAUAAAAAAAAAAAAACUGAACAAAUUUUAGAGUUUUUUCAUCCAUUAAAUAAAAAAUCAGAUGUUAUGAAAAAUGUAUAUGUAACUCAAGAUGUACAGAAUAAAAUUAAAAUCUAUUUAUUCUCAAUAUAUAAAAAGAAAAAAAAAAUAAAUGAAAUUAUUCACAAUAUAAAUAUACAAUUGUCUUCUUCAGUUCAUAUACUUUCAUUUGUGUCUAACUUCUUGCAAAUAAUUCAGGCUCUUUAUAACCAUACCGUUAAUAGUCUCAAGAAAGGGUGGUCCCUGCCAAUAUGUAAACACCUUCAUUUGUCAUAUGAAAAUGUGAGCUUCAACAAUAUCGACGAUAAGUUGGGUUAUAUACAAAAAAAAGUCUAUGACGACAAAGACGAAAUAAAAGAGGAUACAUUAACAAAGAAUGUUAAUACAAAUGAAACGUCGAAUAAUUUUAUAAAUGAUCAAAAAAAUACCAAAGAAUUUGUAAAAUUAUCUCUAUGUGAUGAAGAGAGAAUUUUAGAAAACGUAGACAAAGAUUCAGUAGAAGAAAUAAAAAAAAUGUAUAAAGAAAAAAAUUAUGUUAACGAUUCAAUAACAUAUAUAAUGGGAGCCAAACCAUAUAAUGUAAUAAAACAUAAUUUAAUUAAAUAUGAUUUCUUUUUGAAAAAGAAAAAUUUUAUUUUACUGACUGGAAAAAAUAUGAGUGGAAAAACUACAUUGUCUUUUACCAUUUUGAGUAUAUUAUUUUUGUCGAAUUUGGGUAUGUAUGCACCUUGUGAUGAAAAAAGUAUUAUAGGAAAGUUUCGAGAAUUUUAUAGUUUGAAAAAUGUAAAUUAUCAAGAGCAAAUUGAAAAUAUGUCUUUAUUUAGAGAACAAGCUUAUUACAUUAAUUCAAUUAUUGAAGAAAUAAAAGAAAAUUAUUCUAUAGAUAAAAGACCAACAAGAGAAAAAGAAAUUUUUAUUGUCCUCGAUGAACCAUGUAUAGCAACCACGCCUGUUGAUAAUGCAAUUAUUAUAAGCGCAGUCUCGGAUUACCUUAAAAAUUAUUGCGGAAUUAUAAUUACUCAUAAUUACGAUUUAUUAAACAAAAUAUGCCAGAGCGAAAAUAUCGUUUUUAAAAGAAUUAAUAAAGAUAUUAACUAUUUGAAAGAACAAGAUAAUAAAAUAGUUGGUAAAUUAGAAGACGGUAUUUGUAAAAACAGUGAAGCUUUAGAAACAUGUAGAUAUACAAAUAUCGAUCCACAUGUUUUAAAUUUAUUAAAUGAAUAUGAAAAAAAAUAUAAGUUUAUUCAUAAUUUAAGUAAUACUUUGUAUACAAAAUUUUUAGAAUAUAUUCAAUAUAGAAAAGAUGGGAAGUGUCUUAAUGACUUUUUUGAUCAAUAUAUAAAUGAUAUAAUAAAACAAAAGAGUGAUAAUCAUGAAAUACAAUAUAAUACACCUAGUAAUAUGGAAAAUAAUUAUAAUAACAGUUAUAUUUCAAAUAAUCAAAAGAAUUACAUAUCAGAAAAUCAAAAGUAUGAUAAUAAUUAUGAUAUGGAUUUCAUAAAAGAUAAAGAAUUAAAUAAUAUAAUAAAUUCUAAUAAUAAUAUACAAGAAUUUUUAAAUAAUUAUGAUAAAACAAGAAUAUAUAAUGAAAAUCUAAAUAAUAAUAAACUAGAACAAUAUGAUAACUCAAUAAUUUACGAUAAUAAACUAAAUGUUAUAAUUAAAAAAAUUGAAGAAGUAUCAAAUAAGAAGGUUAUAAAAAUAGGAAUGAAUGAAGAAGUACCUAUUUAUUAUAAAAAUAAAAGUAUUGUUUAUAUUUUAUGUAUUUUUUCAAAAAAUGAAAAUGAUCCAUAUUUUUAUAUAGGUAUAAGUGAUAAUAUAUCAGAAAGAAUAAAAUGUCAUACAAGAAAUUUAUUAAAUAAUAAAAAUCUUUUAAAAAAUCCAAAGAAAAAUAAUCUAUUAAAUUAUAAAUAUGAUUGGACUAAAUUCUAUAUUUUGCUUUUUCAUGUGGAUAAUAAAAUGAUUGCAUCGAAAUAUGAAAAGGAGCUUUCUAAUUUGUUGAAGGAUAAUUAUAAUAUAUUAUCUAAAUAA